GAGAGCACGUCAGGCAAGGCUGCUGCCUGCACAGACAAAAACACACACACACAUACAGCCCCCUCAGCCCAGCUGUACCAGAAGAAGUUCAGAGAGAAGACUGACCUCAAGAAGGUGGGUUGGUGGAGGUGUUGCCUGUGGAUUCACUUGAGUAUUAUGGCUGUCCUGAAGCUGAGCCUUCUUGUCCUGUAGAGGAAUUGUAUGGUUCCCCUCUAGAAGAACUUGCCUCGUGUUUUCAGCCUGAGAGAGGAUGGAGAUGCUGUCAGGGAAAGACAAGGAGCUGAUACGAGGCAGCUGGGAGAGCCUGGGCAAAAACAAAGUUCCUCAUGGUGUCAUCAUGUUUUCCAGACUGUUUGAGCUGGACCCUGCGCUCCUCAGUCUUUUCCACUACAGUACAAAGUGCGACUCCACACAGGACUGCGUCUCGAGUCCCGAGUUUUUGGAACAUGUCACUAAGGUGAUGUUUGUGAUCGAUGCAGCCGUGAGCCACCUGGAUGACCUACAGUCCUUGGAGGAGUUUCUACUCAACCUUGGGAGGAAGCAUCAGGCAGUGGGAGUCAACACACAGUCAUUUACUGUGGUGGGUGAGUCCCUUCUCUACAUGCUGCAGCGCAGCCUGGGCCAGGAAUACACAGCACCUGUGCGUCAAGCCUGGCUUAACAUGUACAGCAUCGUGGUAGCAGCCAUGAGCCGAGGGUGGACCAAGAACGGCGAGGACAAGGCUGACUGAGGUGCACAGUGGGAGCCGCUAAGCAGUUGCUGUCAAAUCACUCAACAUGGUUGCCAUGGGAUAAGGUUAUGUAACUUGCAGCAUUGUGGCUUUGGCCACUCUACAUUUGCUCUAUGAAUCGGGUUACAUAGUGUAGUGAAUGCACAUUGUGGUUACACUUUACGAUAGGAUCGACCAGCUGCAGAGUUUAUGUUCUUUGCUGUGGAUGUUUAGCUACUGUACAGCUGUGAGGAUCUGAGCCAGCUGGCUUUGGGUCUUCUGAGCCUGGACCUGUAAACUGAGCUCCUCACACUGAGAAAAAGGAUAACUGUCGAGUCUCUGUGCGUAUAAUAGCUUUGAUAUAUCUACUCAAUUAAUAACAGUAACUGUAGUGGUCUUUGUGAUGUGUCUUUAAAGACUUGCACAAUUGUGGAAAACUAGAAAUUAUAUUUAGUCAUCACACACUACUUAAACUGUGAUUGGUUACUGUGGCCAGAACGGCAGCUCUCUAUCUAACUGGAACACAGUAAUACUUUACAAUGUAUGUGAAAACCUUUGGGACAUAGCAGUGUAAUUUUACAGAUGAAUAUCCUAUCAUCUUCAUCACAAUCAUUUCUGUGUUUUUACUGAUAUAACAUGUUAUUACACCUGUAACCUGCUCAUCAUAAGCCAAUUUUAAAAAUGAUCUUCAAUAGACACUGACAAGAACUGUUAUUCUCUCUAAUAGCUUUUUCCAGUGAUCUCUGACUGUUAUUCGUCCAUGUGCACCUUAUUCAACACAAUGUGUGAUGCUCUCUUCGGUAGAGGUUGUGAGUAUUUCAGUAGGCUUCACCUGACUGUUAAACUGUCACUAAUAGACUGUUACGUGACCUUUAAAGUAAAGGAUGUCGGUUUCCAGUCAUUGUUAGUGUAAAAUAGUUUAGUUGUGAUGUAGUUGCUUAUCUCAGUGAUGAUUAUUAACUCUGUUGUUGUGGCUACAAAUGUAGUAUUACCUCAAGUUUAGAGGUGAAGACAAGUAGAGGGCCUGUGUUUCUCCAACAUGGAAGUGAAGUUGAACGUGUAUAUUUGUUUUGGAUUAUGAAAGAAAAUGUAAUAAGUGACAGUUUUCCUCUUAAUUAGCAGAGCAGAUAACACAGAGAUACUGUGUCCUGAUGCUGUUCACUAUAUGUGUAUUAUUGAAACUGCCAUAGCACUGUAUGUAUCAUCCUCAGCUGUUAUUUACAUUCAUGGUCAUAAUGCCAAGUAACUUAGCAACAGUGCGCCACGUAUCAGAUAAUAACACCAUAUAACUGUAAAUCCAAGCCGCUGACAUGUGGCUGUUAUCACUUUAGUCCAAGUUUACAUUGAUAAAGUUUAUUUUUAUAUUCUGAAAUGUAUGUGUAGUUAAAGAGCACUGAUUUUCUUUGCAGAUGUGAUGUACAGUGUAUCCUCCGCUUAUACCUUGUGUGGAUUUCCAGUUGAUGAACCCAACAUGCGGAAAACUAAUGGGCAAAUUUGCUUUAAAUCAGGUUUCAUUUAAUCACAGUAACACAGAUAUUACCUGUAAUGUCUCUAUAUUACCUACUUCUAUUCCUGCAUAGUCUGUUCAGUCUGUACUUUCUAGCCCACAGGUGUAAUGUUUGUUAACUGACUGUGUAGGUGGUAUAUUACUAGCAGUGAUUCUUUUCUUAAUAUCAGUGCACGGCCCUAUGCAGGGGGUUGUUCUCCGUGUCUUUGUUUUCAAUGACCUGACAUGAGUUCUUUUUAGCAGGCAUGACUGACAACUGGCAUGUUAUCUCAUUAGCAUCCAGCUCUGUACAUAUUGGGUGUAUCACUGUCUACCUCAUCAUUAUCAGCUGCUACCGAUCAGUGAUGACUUCACCUAGUUAUCCUUCAACCAAAAACACAGUAUUAGAGUUAAUAUAAGCACACACUCUUUGUAAACUGGAGUCCAUCCUACACCUUAAAGAAAAAAUAUGUCCUGUGCUCACCUGAGACUAAAUAAAGUGAUCUGUGGAUAUUUCACUGCUAAA